AAAUAAUUUAUAACUAAUUCUAUUGCAAUCGGAAUUUUCGUCAUUAGCUUGAAAACCUAUGGAAGACCCGUCAAUCAAAAAGAGAUUAAUUGAUUUUGGUAUCGAUGAACAUGAGUAUGACGAGGUUCAGGAAUUGCCAGACGAAUCAAAUAUUAAUCCACAAAUUGCAACUACAACAACAGAUUUACACCUACAACAACCACUUUUACACAACCCCAACAAUAACAACACAAUCACAACGGAUACACCACCCGAAUUGCCACCACCAAAACAAAACAAACUGAAAAAUUCCAAGAAAAGUAAAUCCAAAUCGAAAAUUCCACGUUCGCCCUCACUCGCCGCCUCGAGUAGCGUCGCCGGUAGCAGUGGUAAUAUUAAUAUAACAAAUAAUAACAACAACAGUAAUUUUGGUAGUGGCAUUACGUACUCACCGAUACCACCACAAACACCACCGCUGCCGGUCAAUUAUCAGCAAAGUAAACUGAAACAUAUGAAUGGUGGCAACAUCACACCCACAACACCACUAGCUAACUUCGGUGCCGGUUUUUCGCCAGUAACGCCAACAACACCAACAAUACUGGUGUCCAAUAGUGUUGGUGGCAAUAAUGUUGCUUUCGCUAGCACACCGACCGGUGGUAGUGUUGGUGGCGUUGCAGUGAUGGGUGGCGGUAGUGUGCCACUUAGUGGUGGCCUCGGUGCUAACGGCACGAGCACGGGUGGCGGUGUAAAUGUGACCAAUGCGGGUAAUCAACGUGGCAGCGUUAAUAUGGCCUCAGCUCGACGUCCGCAAUUGCAAAUCACUCCGAUACCGGAAUCACCAAAAAAUUUUCAGUUUUUAACCUUGACGGUGCGUAAGGACGAGAAUGGUUACGGCAUGAAGGUCUCCGGCGACAAUCCAGUUUUUGUUGAAAGCGUUAAACCAGGUGGAGCGGCACAAAUUGCUGGCUUAGUUGCCGGCGAUAUGAUCUUAAAGGUCAAUGGACAAGAAGUGCGUAUGGAGAAGCAUCCAACUGUGGUUGGCUUAAUAAAAGCUUCCACAAUCGUCGAGUUGGCGGUGAAACGUAGUCAGAAGUUGACACGCCCCACAUCAGUGGGCAUCGUGCCCUCUACACCCAUACUAUCAGGACGGGAUCGCACAGCAUCCAUAACAGGCCCACAACCGGUUGAUAGUAUCAAACGCCGCGAAAUGGAAACGUACAAAAUACAAACGCUACAAAAGAUGUUGGAACAGGAAAAACUGAAUUUAGAGCGACUGAAAGGUGACACCACCGACCCGAGCUAUAAACUCUCCGAAGCGAAUAUACGAAAGCUGCGCGAACAGUUGCGAAAAAUCGGUGCCGAGGACGCACCAACAAUCAAAUUACAACCAACUGCCAACAACAAUAAAAAUACCGCAAUGCUCUCCCCCGCUCAAUUACAACACCUCUCUGUAACGUCCCAUCACCAUCACCUACACCCACAUCAGCCAACACAACUCCAACAACCGACCAUCACAACACCACAAGUACAAUCCUCUCCAGCUUUCCUCUCACUAUUGCCCCGUUCGUUGUCCUCCUUGUCGUUGGGCACGCGUAAAAAUAAGAUUGAUAAAGAUUUAAUUACUGCGCCAUUGAAUAAUACAACGGAUUUUCUACAUCAUCAUCAACAACAUCAACUACAACAACAGCACAACAACAAUGCGCACACAUCACCGCUGCCGCCAUACAAUAUGUCACAAUCGCUGCAUCAACCACAAACACAGCAGCAACAACAGCAUCGCAACUCCGCGCAGCAGGCGCUCUUCUACCAGCAGCAACAACAACAACAGCAGCAACUGCAAUCGCGACUCAAGGAGACACCGAAAUCUUCGAAUUCCAAGAGCAAAAAUAAAUACGCCGCGCAGGCGAAAACGCACAGCAUACAAGAGGAUACACCGCCGCCACUGCCGCAGCGCAAUCCACCGCGUCAGCUGCAGCUCGACAAUAACGGCAAUAGCGCGGGUGUCAUGAGCAAUAGCAGCAACGCAUCGCUGUUCGCACCCAUAUCCGAUCUGGAUAUGGGCGCUAGCAGUCCGCAAGGCAAAUCACCACAACCCACCUUGCCGCCACCGCCAUCGAACGCGUCAACAAACAGCGCUGCAACGUCCUCAUCCUCAUCCUCAUCGGCGCAAAAGAAGCGCUCCAAAACCAAGACGAAAGCGCUCUCCGAUCCGAAGAUGUCAACGCAAAUGUUUCUACAAAUGGAGACGGCGGUGGGUGCGAACACGGCCGAUGCAGCCGCUGAUGGCGGCAGCUGCGAAACCGAUUGCAUACCGCCACCACUGCCGCCACGCCAACCCGGCAUGUUGGAGGAGUCACCGCACCGAGGCAGUUUCUCGAAUUUGAAUGCGCCCGGCCAAGGUGGCGGUGGCGGUGGCGCGCGUCCGCCGCCCAACAGCAUUGAGACGCUGCUCAACUAUCCGCUCGUGUCCACAUGCACGCCCGUGCAUCGUGACAAUAUGGCGGCGGCAUUCCCGCUCUCGCAGCGUCCCAAUAUCGUGCAACAACUGCAGCAACACCAACAACACCAGCAGCAACAACUCAACAAUAGCGGCGCGGGACAGGCGUCAACAGCAGCUGCAUUGGGACAAACGCCGCCUAAUCUGAAUCAUCUCAACAAGCAUCGACGUGUAGUCUCCGAGCACAUGCAUUCCAGGCAUCCAGAUCGCAUCAACAAAACCACCUCUGGUUCUUGGGAGCUCGUUGAGAAGGAUGGCGAAGUAACGCCGCCCGGCACACCGCCGCCACCAUACCUAACCAUGUCUGGUGCUGAAGAGCAAUUGCAGUUGGCCAAUGACAGUGUUGUUAGUGGCGGCGGUGGCGGCAUUUUCAUCGAAUCACAUCACUUCACGCCACUAGCUGCCGCAGCUUCACCCACACCAACACCACCGCUCACGGCAAACGCCAACACCACCAACACCGCUACACAUUCCAGUCGCAUUUUAGCCGCACAAGCGAAUAUCACCCAAAAGGAGAUCAUCUCCAUGGAGGACGAAGAUGCUUCCGAUCAGGAGGGUCCAUUCAUUGACGAAAAUGGGCCAUUCAAUCAUCUGCAACGUUUGUUGGAGCCCGAAAAUGUCGCCUUCUUGGCUGUCUUUCUCAAUUAUGUGCUAUCGAACUCGGAGCCGGCACCGUUACUCUUCUAUCUAAUCACCGGUCUGUAUAAGGAGGGCACUGCGAAAGAUAUGCGCAAGUGGGCAUAUGAGAUACACUCCACAUUCCUGGUGCCACGUGCACCGCUCUCCUGGUAUCGCAAGGAUGAGUCCUUGGCGCGUGAAGUCGACAACGUGCUGCAAAGCGAAUUCGAUAAAGUGGAAAUUCUGCGUAAGGUCUUUUGGAAGAGCAGAAAAUGUGCACGCGACACGAUCUGUGCGCAAUUGCGUGAAUUCCAGCAGACGCGCACCGAAGGUUUGGGCACAAUUUAUGGACCGACCGAUGCGCAAUUGGCGGAGGCGCGUGGCGACAAGCAACGCGAACAGCAUAUCUUCGAGGAGACAUUGAUGCGCAAGUUGCAGGUGUUGAUCGAGGAGUACGAAAAAGACUCACCUUUGGAGGAUCCCAAAAAGUUGGCGCUUUGUUCGGCCCUAUCAACCGUUAUACAUCGCAUAUUCAUAACGCGCUCGCAUCCAAACAGUAUUGUUGAUCGUGUGCAUCAUUUCGUGAGUCGUGAGAAAAGUUUUAAGUCACGUUUGAUGGGCAAAAAUCGUAAAAUGAUUGUUCGUGGUCAUCCAUUGGUAUUACGUCAAUACUACGAAGUGACCCACUGUAAUCAUUGUCAGACAAUUAUCUGGGGUGUGAGUCCGCAAGGUUACCAUUGUACAGACUGUAAAUUAAAUAUUCACCGUCCUUGUUCGAAAGUGUUAGAUGAGAAUUGCCCAGGCCCGUUGCCGCAGUCGAAACGAAAAGAGCCACACAACGAUAACAAAAUCAGCAAAUUUAUGGGGAAAAUACGUCCACGGACCUCGAGUGAUUUUAUUUCAUCGGAGAAACGCGCACGUCAUGAGGAAGACUUUGAUCCGGAUUUUUCAAGUGAACGCUUGCACACAUCAUCCAUAGUACGUCAACCCUCCGAUCGCAGACCGGAUGCGGGCAACCAAGCGCUGCGCUCCAACGGCACAGCCGCCACGUCCGCCGACAACACAGACGACGUACAGCUACGUCUGCCGUCGAGCGGCGCAUACCCAGCUGGCGGGCCGGGCGAAACUGGCGCUGGCAUUGUCGGCAAAGGCGCAACGGGACGCGGCGCACGCGAAUCGAAUGUGCCGCUGUCGGGCGAUGCCACCGGCGACUUGGGAGGUACAGCUGCUGCCGAUACGAGUGCGCAGGACGCAGCAGAAGGGAAAGAUGCACGACGAGAACGUUUACAUCAACAUCAUCAAAAUAAAAGCGCUCCCGUCUCAGUAAAUCGCUCCGAAUCGUACAAGGAGCGUUUAUCGCAGAAACGCAAUCGCAAUAGUCGACGCAAAACAUCAGAUCCUAGUCUGACGUCAAGGCCAAACGAUGAGCAAGCCGAUGUUGGACUCUCCAAUUCCAACUUCACCGCAAGUUCCAAUUCUAGUCUUUCCUCGGGUGGCGGCUCUGAGAGUCCCAGCACCUCAAUGGAACAAAUGGGUGGCGCCGGUGGUGCAACCGCCACCGCCACCGGCCAUCCGAUUACACAUCACCACAGCAUGCACGCCCACCACACCACACCGCACCAUCACAUGCACCAGCACAGCCAUCAGGACUCGUUUCAUGGCAGCAUCGGUGGCGGCUCGAUGAACACCAGCUUUUGGGGCAGCAGUUUUGGUGGCGUCGGCAGCGGACAACCCGGACAGCGACAGUGGAAUUUCGAGAGUGACGAGGAGGAUGAUCUCAACGAGGCCGAUUGGAGUUCAAAUGUCACGGCCGAGCUAUUGGCUGCGCUCACCGAUGCGGAGAAAAAGCGACAGGAGAUUAUAAAUGAAAUUUACCAAACCGAGCGCAGUCACGUGCGCAUUCUCAAACUAUUGGAGCGUCUCUUCCUCUUACCGCUGCAGGAUAGCAGUCUGCUAACGGCAGAACAUUUAACGCUCCUCUUCCCGCCUGCAUUACUCUCGCUGCGCGAAAUCCACACAACCUUCGAACAACAAUUGAAGCAACGUCGCGUCGAACACAAUCACGUGGUCACACAUAUUGGCGAUCUGCUAUCCGGCAUGUUCUUUGGCAAGUCCGGUGACGAUUUGUGCCAAUAUGCGCAACAAUUUUGUGCGCGUCAACAAAUCGCAUUGGAGGCGCUGAAGGAGAAACGUCGCAAGGAUGAACAAUUGCAGAAGCUAUUGAAUAAGGCCGAAUCGCAUAAGGCCUGUCGACGUCUGCAGUUGAAAGACUUGCUGCCGGCGGUGCUGCAGCGUCUGACCAAGUAUCCGCUGCUCUUCGAAAAUCUGUACAAAGUGACGAUACGCGUGGUGCCCGAUGACCUGUCCGAGGCGGAGGCUAUACGUUGUGCGCUCGAGUCGUCAAAGAAGAUACUCGUCGAUGUAAAUCAGGCUGUAAAGACUGCCGAAGACACGCACAAAUUGCAAAACAUUCAGCGGAAAUUGGACAAAUCAACCUUCGACAAGGAUGAAUUUAAGAAUUUGGACUUAACGCAGUACCGUCUCAUACAUGACGGUAGCUUGACAAUGAAAAAGAAUCCCAGCAUACAAUUGCACGGUCUACUCUUCGAGGAUAUGAUUGUGUUGCUAACCAAACAGGACGAUAAAUAUUCGUUGAAAUAUUUGCAUGCCCCACGCAACACUGAGGUCAACAAUAAGCCCGUCAACCCCAUUAUGAGCAUUGAUUCAGAGACGCUGGUACGACAAGAAGCGGCCGACAAGAAUUCAUUCUUCUUGAUUAAGACAAAAACAUCACAAAUGUUGGAGCUACGCGCACCAAGCAGUUCCGAGUGUAAAACGUGGUUCAAGCAUAUUUCCGACGCCGCCGAACAGUACAAACCACGCUCGAAGAACGCCAACCAUGAGCCAGUCGAUGACCCAGCGAUCGCCACCAUACCGCAUUCCAAUACAAAGGAGUCACUUGAACUCACGCCGGAGCGACCGCAGCCCGCCUCGGCUAUCGCCACCGUCACGACCACACCGUUGGCGCCAAUGAUGCCUGUCGCUACAGCGACCUCGGUAAAUGUCAACAACAAUAACAAUAACGACCAUCACAAUGUACAGUUACGCAAUGGUCGUCGUGAGAGUACAUCAACCGCAGGCAGCGCCGACCACAAAAUGCGGCUCAGUCACAAUGAGCUUUCACCUUCGAUUGGCUCAUCGUCAGCGGCCAUAUCGUCCGCCUCCACAGCUUCGUUAUCGUCGUCAUCGGCUGCCGUUAAUCGCACCAUGUCGACACGCAGUUGUGGUGAGCCGAACAACAACAACGGCGGUUAUGAAAACGCCAGUGUAACACUGCGUCACACACAAUCGGCACGUCAGGCGAACGGUCAUAAUGCGGGCGCCGGCGCUGAUGAGUUCGGCUCCAGCGCCAGUGGCGCUGGCAUUGGCAGCGGUUCAAAACGUGACAGCGCCAGCAUUGUCUACUCAAACAACUCGAACAAUACGCGCACGUUGAUGCAGUCGUCGCCGCCAUUGGUCGAACCCACCGCCAUACAGAUCAGCAUUAGUCCGGCGCAUACCGCCGAACCGGUACUCACACCAGCCGAACGGCUGCGUCGACUGGACGUCUCCAUACGCGACGGCCUGUUGGAGAAACAAAAGAUAAUUUGUGAUAUGUUCCGGCUGCCGGUGGAGCACUUCCAUGAGAUCGUCGACAUUGCGGCGAUGCCGGAAGCGCCCAAAGACAGCGCCGAUAUUGCAUUAGCCGCUUAUGCGCAAGUGCAAUCGCUAACCGAGGUACUCAACGAGUAUAUGCAUGUGACGCCCGAACAAGAGAUAUCCGCUGUGUCUACAGCUGUGUGCGAUCAAUGUCAUGAGAAGCAACAGCAUCAACACCAUCAUCACAGCCAACGGCCGCUGACGCCGUUGACGGCGGCCUCGUCGAAUUCGUCUUCAACAUCAACCAUGAAUUCGACUGGCUCGUCGACAACCACACAAAUAGCGGCGAACGGUAGUGUGUCAGCUGCAGAUGUACCACCACCGCUACCGCCGCCUAAUAAGCAGAUUGCACAGCAGCAGACGCCCACGGCCAAAACGGCGACCAGCGUACGCACCGUGCUACAAAAUGCGUUAAUGGACGAGGACAUACAUGAAGAUGACGAUGGCUAUUGCGAGAUCGACGAACUGCGAUUGCCGGCUCUACCACCGACGCUCGCAACGAAGACGUCCAAAGCUUCAUCCCCACCGCCGCCUUUGCCACCACCGGCUGGCAGUUUUAAAGCACCGCCACUACCGCCACCACCGGCUGCAAUUCAACAACAGCAACUGCAGCAACAACAACAGGAGGAGGAAAAGAGUGCUUCCAAUGCAACGGUCGUAAAUACGACGCUUCCAGAGGAAACCGCCACAACGGUUGUGACACAAACAAGCAUGGCUGAAUUGGUGAAACGUCAGAGUACUAUUAGUGCCGACAGCAUUCCGGAAGAAUCCGCCGAUGAGGUGACCCAGGCGCUCAAUGAGGGUCACGUUGCCGAGCCGGCGCCAACCGAGCAGUUGGUUGCUAAACAGGACGACACAGAGCAACCACAAAUUGGGGAGAAAUUGAAGACCGAGGCGGAGCAAGACAAAGUUAAAUUGGAGGUGAACGAAGAGCAGGCAAGCGAAGGUGAUGAGCAGAAGACAAGUGAAAGCAAAGUAGCGGAGAAUGCAACAGAAACAACAACAACAACAGCAACAAUUGGCAGCGUUUUAACAACAGAUACGACUGCAGCCGGUACGGUAGGCGCUGCAGAGCCGCAAACUGAGCCUAGCGCAACGCAAAAAUCGGAAGAGACAGAAGACAAAACUACAGCACUGGAGGCAGCCACAGCGUGUGAUGAUAAGGAAGCAGCUACAACAGCAACAGUAACAACAACUGCAACUGCAACAGCCCAAACAACCAGCACUAACGAUACCAACACCCACGACGACGAGCACAUGGAAGUCAAUGACGCUUACGAAACUCUGUCGACACUGAGUAGCAAGCUCAACAGCGCUUUGGCCAUGGUCGACCACUCCACGCAAACCACACCAAUUGCAUUGAGUCUAAACACCCUCACCACAAAUACCGCAAACACCAACACGAGCAGCAGUACGCCCGUACAUUGUGGACCGAAUCGCAUACAGCACGCCAACUCGCUGGAGCCAAGCGUGCCCUGUCAUGCGCUGAAUGCGAUUGUCAGCUCGUUGAAUUCGCAAAUUUCACUACUUUUGCCAAAGAUCAAUGAACGCGACAUGGAACGUGAACGCCUACGCAAGGAGAAUCAGCAUUUGCGUGAAUUAUUAAAUGCGAUGCAUGAACGUCAGCGAGUUGAAGCAAAAUUGGAAACUCCAACUGAUGCGACGGCAGUUAUCAGCAGCGGCGAUGCAGCAACGGCCGAUGAAAUCGAUGGCACCAACAACACCAACUCCACCACCCCCCAAAUGCAGUCCAACUCCGCAACAACAGAUGUAACGGCAGCAGCGGCGACCAGCGCCACAACCGGAGUAACGCACGAAGGCGUUAGCAGUGAAGCAACAAAUAUAGCAGUUAACAAUACAACAACAACAGUUGCAGCAGACACAACAAAGGCAACAACAACUAGCGCUGAGUGUGACAAUUAAACGGCAGGCAGGAAGAAGCGGCGCAAAGUGAAAGCAAAGCAAAGCAAAAGCAAUUAGAGUAUUGACUAAAUAAGUAUAAAGAAAAUUUGUAGAUAUACAUACAUACAUAUACAUAAAUAUAUAUAUACAAAUAUACCAAUGGAUGUAUGCAUGUGUAAUAGAUGUUGCACGAUUUCAAUUACUCGAUGUUAUAGCUACUAUAUAGUAAACUGAACUUUUGAUGAUCAUGAUGAUGAUGAUGUUGAUGAUGAUAAUAUUGUAUUCGUGUCGUGGCCUUCAAUGCCAUUCGUAAGCACAUUCGUGCGCAUUCGUACAUAUGUACCUUGGUUGAUACUAGGACAUAGCAAUGCAUUUUGUAAAAGUAAAUUAUACAACAACAACAGCAACAAUAACAAUAAUGAUAACAAUUAUACAUAUAUACAUAUAUACAAACAAACAUACAUACUAUGUUAAUAAAAAUCAUAUUCUAUGUACGCAAAAAGUAAAUUGCCAGCAAAAACUGCUUUACUAGUGAGCGAAAAAGAGUUAAAGAAGAAGUAUUAUGUAUGUGAAAACGCGUAUAAUCUAUUUAUGAAGUAAAGUGACACAAAAUUAUAUACAAAUACAUAUGUGUUUCAUAUAUAUAUACUCGUAUAUAGACGCUUGCAGCCGACAUUGCAAUGUGAGCUUAAUGGUUUUGUAGCAACAACAACGCUGUAGGCUACUAAGAUGAGCCGGAAAAAGUGUUGUAGCAACAACAAUGCUUGUGACUACUUAAGAUUAGUCGAAAAAGCAUUGCAGCAACAACAAUGCUUGUGACUACAUAAGAUUAGCCGAAAAAGUAUUGUAGCAGCAACAGCGCUGCAGACUACUUUCGAUUAACCGGAAAAGUGUUGCAGCAACAACAACGCUGCAGACUACUUUGGAUUAGCCGGAAAAUGUUUUGUAGCAACAACAGUGCUUAAGACUACUUAAGUUUAGCCGAAAAAGUAGUUCCAUACGUCAAGUGUGUGUCUAUGAAGUUGGCCGCCAACCGCCCAUGACAACAUUUUAUAUUCAUAUACAUAUGUACAUAUGUAUAUAGUUCGUUUAGUGCAUAUUAAAGAAAAUUAUUGAAAUGACGCGAAUUUACGUGCUUUGUUUACUUUUGUAAUUGAAGCCGCCACAUUUAGCCGACAAUUGAAUUGCCGGCAAGCAUUUGACUGUACAACUUUUAUAUAGGGAUUUUUUGUGGACUUUUGUAAGGUUGCGCAAACGCAAGUGGCAACGCAGCUUAUGCCAGCGGAAAGCCUUUAAGCGACCUGCAGCACAAAGCAGCAUUUCUUCGUGGCAGUAUUUUUGAAUUUAUACACACACACACAUACAAGAAUAUGUACAUACAUAUGUGUGCGGCAUAUAAACUUUUUACAAAAACGUAUUGCUCUCGUGACUGGCAGAGUGAUUAUAUGUAACCAACUAUAUGUACUUUUACACAAUUAUAGCAAUUUCACAAAACAACAAAAACCAGUACGCAAAAAAAAAAAAACAAAAUUAAUAGAAAUACUAAACUGCUGUAAGUUUUUUCGACGAAACAUACAAAAAUACGUGCAUAUGUACGUAUAUGUUUAGUAGGAUAAGCGUUUAUUAUGGGUCAUGCUUAUCCAAGUGAAUUUUUGUAGCUAAAAUAAAUUGUAAAUUAAAAUUAAUAUAGAAGAGCUUAGUGUGAAGUGAUAUGAUUAUGAUUGCAAGAAAUACAAGCUGAAAAACAAA